AUCCCGCCACCACUAAAACCCCAACGCCCACGUGGCGCCAUCUCCUCCCUUUAUUACCCACAGCCCCACGCCUCCCAUAACCCCGAUCCACUACGCGUCCAGACGAAACGCGCCAUCGACAUGCCGCCCCCUGCGACUACCGCCGCCCCCGCCGCCGCGGCGGUGACGCCGGAGCACGCGAGGCCUCCCCGCCGCGUGGCCCGCGUCAACCCGCGGAGCGACCGCUUCAGCGCGCUCUCCUUCCACCACGUGGAGCUCUGGUGCGCGGACGCCGCCUCCGCCGCGGGCCGCUUCUCCUUCGCGCUCGGCGCGCCGCCCGCCGCCCGCUCCGACCUCUCCACGGGGAACUCCGCGCACGCCUCCAUCCUCCUCCGCUCGGGAUCCCUCGCCUUCCUCUUCACCGCCCCAUACGCCCCCUCCCCCGCAUCCGAUUCCGCCGCCUCCAUCCCCUCCUUCUCCGCCUCCGCCGCGCGCCAGUUCACCGCCGACCACGGCGGCCUGGCCGUGCGCGCCGUCGCCCUCCGCGUCUCCUCCGCCUCCGACGCCUUCCACGCCAGCGUCUCCGCCGGCGCGCGCCCCUCCUUCCCACCCGCCGACCUCGGCCAGGGCUUCGCGCUCGCCGAAGUCGAGCUCUACGGCGACGUCGUUCUCCGCUUCAUCAGCCACCCCGACGAAAACACCGAAAUCCCCUUCCUCCCAGGUUUCGAAUCCGUCAGCAACCCCGGCGCGUCCACCUACGGGCUCACGCGGUUCGACCACGUGGUGGGCAACGUGCCGUCCCUCGCCCCCGUCGCCGCCUACAUCGCCGGCUUCACCGGGUUCCACGAGUUCGCCGAGUUCACGGCCGAGGACGUGGGCACGGCCGACUCCGGGCUCAACUCGGUGGUGCUCGCCAACAACUCGGAGCGGGUGCUGCUGCCGCUCAACGAGCCCGUGCACGGCACCAAGCGCCGCAGCCAGAUCCAGACGUACCUCGACCACCACGGCGGGCCCGGCGUGCAGCACAUCGCGCUCGCCAGCGACGACGUGCUCAGGACGCUCAGGGAGAUGCGCGCGCGCUCCGCCAUGGGCGGCUUCGAGUUCCUCGCGCCGCCGCCGCCUAAUUACUACGACGGCGUGCGGCGACGCGCAGGGGAUGUGCUCUCCGAGGCGCAGAUUAAGGAAUGCCAGGAGCUUGGGGUGCUCGUCGACAGGGAUGACCAAGGGGUGCUGCUCCAGAUCUUCACCAAGCCAGUCGGGGACAGGCCAACGUUGUUCCUGGAGAUGAUCCAAAGGAUCGGGUGCAUGGAGAAGGACGAGAUCGGACAAGAGCAACAGAAGGGUGGCUGCGGCGGGUUUGGCAAGGGCAACUUCUCGGAGCUGUUCAGGUCCAUCGAAGAGUAUGAGAAAUCCCUUGAAGCCAAGCAAUCUGCUGUAGUUCAGGAAUCCUAGGAUACAAGCUGGAGCUGGAGAGAUGCUGUACUUCGUACCAUGGAGCAAAACGAAACAAUGUUCUUUGUAAUGUGGGAAGCACAAAUCUGUGGAUGUUAUAAUUGGUGAAGCUGGAGACAGAUGUAUCCUAUGUAUGAUGAGUGUAAUACUCCGUAGAUGGUAGACAGGGUCCCGGGGCUCACACAGAAGAACAUAAUGUAUUGUUGCCAUUGUUGUACAAUCUUGCUUGCAAGUAAAAUAAAGAAGAAUCAUACUGGGGAUCUGUCCUCGGAAUGCUUGUAA